AACGGCCAAUCACCGAGACAGCCCUUGGAAGCUCUGAGCGGCCACGAAUCCGCACGCAGCGGCUUCCGCCUAGACUGGCGCGCGAUCAUUUGAAUAUAGCCCGGGAGGGACUGGCUUGGCUGAGGAGAGGACUCCUGCUCGGAGGCGCAGGAAUUAAUUUAAGAAGAUGGCAGCUUUUACUCCAAGAAAGAGGAAGCAACAUUCUUUGAACUGUGACAGCAUGUUAUCAGACAUUCCAUCAAAGAAAUUAAUUUUGGACUUUACUGAAAGUCUGUUUCCAUCACCUACUAAAAAGCACAUUUGUCAAAUCAGUAAUAAAGAUGAAGAAAAGGUGCAAUACUCUCAACAAGGCCAUUUCAUUUCAAGUCCACUCAAAACAGCUAAAAAAAAUAGAUUACCAUCUGCAAAUGAAGGUUCACCAUUUAAAACUGCUAUGUCCACUGUAUCCUUUUACAACAAAGAUAAGUGGUACCUCAAUCCAUUGGAGAGGAAGAUGAUAAAGGAGAGUAGAGCAAAUAACCUAAAAAAUAAUAAUGCAGGUAUACCUAUUCCCAGUGUGACAGAAAAAAGACAGGGAAAACCAGUCUGCCCCAAGAAGAGGAACAAAAAACCACAGAAGAGUUUGACUGCUAAAUAUCAACCAAGCUAUAAGCACAUCAAGCCUGUAUCAAGAAAUUCUAAAAAUCCCAAGCAAAAUCGAGUUGUCUGUAAACCAGUUGUACAGAAAGAGAAUAAAUGUCAUUCAGCUGAAAGUGAUUUGAAUCCUCCCCGGGUUCUAAGUCAAAAAGUAAAACCACAAGUUACACUCCAGGGUGGAGCAGCAUUUUUUGUUAGGAAAAAAAUCUCUCUUAGACAUUCGUCUCUGGAAAAUAAGUCAUCAAAGUCAGAAGUGAUUGAGGAUUCUAAUAUAGAGACCGUCAGUGAAAGAAAAACUUCUGAGACAAAGCAAGUGCCAAAGAACUUGUUACUAGAAAAGAAACUGAACAUUGAGCUAAGUUCAAGAAGUAAAAAUGAAGAGGGAUUAAUAAAGGAUGAAGUAAUUUCUUCAGGGGAAUAUAAACUUGAUAAAAAUAACUGUUUUUCUUCAGAGGAGUCUCUUGGUGAAAGCAAGACAAUUUCCUCUGAGUCUGUUGUCUAUCCCAUCUUCAGCAUGUCUUCAGUCAGUACAAAAAGAUCUCUAGCUGAGGAACAGUCUUCUGUGGAAUCCACUGGAUGUGCUAACUUCUUGAAAUUUACCAAUUCACAAAAAAAUACUAAUGCUGGAGAUACAAAGAAAGAAACAAAAGACCAACUCAUUAUUGAUGCAGGUCAGAAAUAUUUUGGGACUACUGUGUGUAAGUCUUGUGGCAUGAUCUAUACUGCUUCUAACCCUGAAGAUGAAAUACAGCAUGAUCAAUAUCACCACAGAUUCCUGGAAGGAAUAAAAUAUGUGGGCUGGAAGAAAGAACGUGUAGUAGCACAGUUCUGGGAUGGGAAAAUUGUGUUGGUCUUGCCACGUGAUCCUAGUUAUGCUCUCAGAAAGGUAGAAGAUGUCCAAGAACUUGUUGAUAAUGAAUUGGGCUUCCAUCAAGUUGUUCCCAGGUGUCCAAAUAAAACCAAAACUUUUCUCUUUAUAUCUGAUGAGAAGAGAGUAGUUGGGUGUUUAAUUGCAGAGCCCAUCAAACAGGCCUUCCGCGUCCUAUGUGAACCAACUGGCCCAAAAUCUUCAAGCUCUAAAGAUUCUCAUCGAGCUUGGCAAUGCUCAGAUGUACCAGAACCUGCCCUCUGUGGGAUAAGUAGGAUCUGGGUUCUCAAACUGAAGAGAAGAAAGCGCAUUGCAAGACGACUGGUUGAUACUCUCAGGAACUGCUUCAUGUUUGGCUGUUUUCUCAGCACUAAUGAAAUAGCAUUUUCUGACCCAACACCUGAUGGCAAGUUAUUUGCAACCAAGUACUGCAAUACCCCUAAUUUCCUUGUCUACAAUUUUAAUAGUUAAAGCUGAUUACAACUAUAAAACAGUUACUUCAUGAGUAAAUUAAAAAAGGCUUCUUAUCUUAUAAUAUUGGACUACUGAUACUUAAUAUAGUAUAAAAAUAAAUAUCGAGACAUACACAUACAUACAUAUGUCAGUUUUAUUACUUGUAAGUUGAAAGUCAGGGAUAAAUUUGUUGAAAUUGGUUGGGGAUUCAUAAAAAGGAAUAAUCUUUAAUGUACUGAUUAGCACUGAGUGUCCUUAAUUAUGAAGUGUUGUCGCUAUAACUGUAACAUCACUUGCAUCUUACAUAGGAGCUUAUUGGUGGUUUUCUGCAGAACAGUGACUACUUACCUCUUAUUAAAGUACACUUUUAUAGACUAAGAUUUUGUCAUACCCCAUCUGAAACAAAAAUGCCAGUUUAAAGCCAAGCAAAUAACUUCUAUGUCCAGCUUUGAAAGGUAAUUCCUGAAUUGUGUAUACACAGUUCUCACUUGAUAGGCACUUCUCUGUAGUAACUCAGUUUGAAUAUAUUUAGGAAGUGUUUUGAAUUUCCAAUUUAUAACAAAAAUAGAUGGUAAGGAGUAAGUUAUCUCAUAUCUAUUUAUGUAGAGCGGAGCAUAAUUCUAUAGCUUAAUGUUUUAAUCAUUUUGAAUAUCAAAUUAGUUCAGUGCACAUCUCAUCAGAUUUAGUAAUUGCACUAUUAUCAUUUCACUAAUUUUUCUCAUGUGAAAAUACUGUAGUGCUACUUAUUUUUAAGGAACUCACUACUGAUAAUUGAUGUUAUUAACAAAAUGGGUGCCUUGUAGUAUUAGAUUAAUUUGGUUUCAUUUUUUAAUUUUUGGCUUGUCUAAAAUAAACCUUACUUGUUCUAAUACAUCUGGUAUAAGUUGUUACAAAACAGAAGCAAAAUUUGGUAACGGAACCAAGAUUAAUAAAGGGAACUUGGCUGAUAGACCAGAGAACAUGAUGACAUGUAAAUAUACUUAAAUAUACACAGU